GGGACAGAGAGAGAGAGAGAGAGACAGAGAGAGAGGGAGGGAGAGCGAGAGAGGAGGAGAGCCAUAGAGAGAGAGAGAGAGACAGAGAGAGAGAGGAGGAGGAGAGCGAGGGAGCAGUGGAGAAGGACAUAGCAGUAGAAUCAGAGGCUGAACUUUUGUGAAACUUCUUCAAAAAGAACUCCAAAAGUUUUAGGACUCAGGAUGUCGUCGGUCCAACAGCAGAACGGCCCAGAAGACUCAGCACACCGGAGCUUCUGGAUGCCUGGAAACUACCAGCAGACAGUGAAGAGGACAGAAGACUCCUUCCAGGCGUGUAACGACAUCGUGACGUGUUUUCAGGAGCGAGCUCGGGUGGAGAGACUUUACGCUCAGCAGCUCAACGAGUGGAGCAACAAGUGGAAGCCAGUAGUGGACACCAGUCCUCUGUACGGCUCUCUGUUACGGGCCUGGCAGUGUUUCCUCUCCUCCGCUGAUCGUCUCUCCACCCUGCACUCCUCCAUCUGUCGCUCUCUGGUGUCUGAGGAUGGAGAGAGGAUCAGGACGUGGCAGAAGGAGACGUUCCAUAAGAAGAUGUUCGGAGGCUUCAGGGAGUCGCAGGACUUCGAGAUGGGAUUCACUCGAGCUCAGAAACCCUGGGCCAAGAGACUCAAGAAGCUGGAGAAGGCAAAGGCUGCGUUCCAUAAAGCGUCUCGUAAAGAGCACAUGGCUCGGGAACGUGAAGCUCAGGCUCGGGGAAACCCUGAGAUCAACAUCGAGAAACAGCGGAAGAUCCAGGAGGAGCAUGAGAUCACUCAGCAGAAGAUGCAGAAGGUCCGAGCCCGGUACGAGAAGGUUCUGGAAGAAGUGACACGCUACGCCCCCCGCUACAUGGAGGAAAUGGAGUCCAUCUUUGACCAAUCGCAGGAGGAGGAGAGGAAGAGGAUCAGCUUUCUCAAACAGGCCUUUUUGUCCAUCCACAGACACCUCGACGUCACCAACAACGAGAGUGUGAAGACUGUGUAUAAUGAGCUCCACGAUGCUCUGAUGGCCAUUAAUGAUCAGGAGGACCUGCGCUGGUGGAGGAACACACACGGCCCCGGCAUGCCCACUGACUGGCCUCAGUUCCAGGAAUGGAUACCAGACAAGAAGCUUAAAAAAGGGAAGAAAGCUGUGGAGCAGAAGGCGGUGGUGGUGGAGAGAGGUACAAUGAUUGGUGGAGUGAGAGUCCGGGCUCUUUAUGAUUAUGUUGGACAGGAGCCGGAUGAGCUGUCCUUUAAAACUGGUGAGGAGUUUGUGAAGAUUGAGGAUGAGGAUGAUCAGGGUUGGUGUAGAGGGAUGAUGGAUGGAGGAAAAGAGGGUCUUUAUCCAGCCAACUAUGUGGAGGUGGUGUAGGUCCUACAGCGCCACCUACCACUCUGAUGGGACAUACACACUCUCUCUCUCACACACACACACACACACACACACACACAUACACAACACUGCUUUUAACACACCCUUGUCAAAACGUUACCUCUCUCACCCAUCAGUCUGAAGUGUUAAUUAUCUAGAGUCCUAAUAAUAAAAGCCCAGAGUGGAUCCUGCCCCAUCACACCCUCCUCACCCAGGCCCCUUCAUCCUGCCCCGCCCCUGCGUCCUUCCCCCCAAUUCCAGACCAUCACGUACCUGAGCUGAUAAAGUAACACAACGGUCCCUAAGAUGUGGUGGGUAAAUAGAGAGGGGCAAAUAGACAGGGGUGUGUUAAAGUCUGUACAGAACCCCAGCCACACUCUCGGGUCCUGACCACACUCAGGCCUUCCAUCAUAAGUUCACACCAGUCUGUGUUUAUAUUAAUUGUAGUGUUUGGUAUUUUCUGUGGAAGUGAAGUGUGUACAGGAAGCAGCUGACGUGUUCACGUACGUGUGCAGAGUUUACACGUGAGGAUAAGGACGUUUUUAUUCAGUACGAUAUUUAGCUUUAGCGUGUUCAGGUGCUUUGGAGAUGAAACGGCGCUUUGAGGUGACACGGAGAUACACGAGACAGUUCAUAUGCUAUACCGUAACACGGCCUCAGUGACAUAAAGACUACGUCAGGUGGACAUAACACCUGAGUCAGGUGACAUAGAUUGUCUUGAGAGAUUUAUUUUAGAUCGUCAUGACAACUGACUCUGUAGCUCAGGCUCGACUCUUACGUUAGGAUUUUUUUUUUACGUUUUUAUAUCAGGUGUCAUAGAGGGCUUAUAAAGGCCUAAUGUAGCUCUAUGAACACAGCGAUCCAAUUUUUGUCCUAUGAUGUCGCACAUUAUAGCACAUACGGUACGGCCAUCACAGCACAUACUAGAACCCAAUCAGACAAAAAGAAUUAGAUGUAUACAAUACGGUGCAAAAGUAUUCACCCCCUUUGAGCUUUUGUAUCAUUACAACCUGGAGCUUAACUGGGAUUUUUUUUUGUUUUAAUGGUUUGAGUUACACAUUUUAACAUAUUUUAAAUUCCAACAUAAAAAACAACAUUAUAUUGAUGCAAGCUCUGGGGCUCGGUGUUUUGCCCGACUCAGUGCUUGUUUGUAAAAGGUUUAGAGAGAGAAUAGCCAUGAAUUCUCAAACAGACUGGAGUUGAUUUUGAUUGACAGUUCAUUCAGCUUCUUGCUUCCUGUCUCAAGGUGAAGCUCCGCCCCAUAAGGUGACAAGUCAUUUGCAUACUGAAACAGGUUUCUGUCUAGUAUUGUUGUGUGUUUGUGUCUGUUCAUCUUACCUCCACUCCAGACCAACUUCCUGGUCCUGGCUGAUCACAAACCUCCCCACAACAUGAUGCUACCACCACCAUGUUUCACGGCAGUUUGAUGACAAGUGGGAGACGUCCACCAAAUGUACCACCUUGUACCACCAUGUGCCACCAUGUGCCACCAUGUACCACCAUGUACCACCUUGUACCACCAUGUGCCACCUUGUACCACCUU